AUGAAGUUUAUGAAGUUGGGUUCCAAGCCUGAUGCUCUUCAAGCUGAUGGAAACUCCAUAAGGUCAGUGCCAGUAGAUGCAAAAAAUCCAAAUGAGGUCCUAGUGGACCCUGAGAAAAUUUACAAGGGUGGAAUUCAUGCAGAAAGAAGGACCCGUUUCCCAAUGAUAAUAAGGUAUGUGUCAUCUGAAUUGGCUACAGACGUUUCUGUUAAUGUUGGUGAUGUCAAGUAUCACCUUCACAAGUUCCCUCUACUGUCAAAGAGCAACCGACUACAAAAAUUGGUAUCAAAAGCUAAUGAAGAGAACUCUGAUGAUGAUAUUUACUUGGAUGAUUUCCCUGGAGGACCAAAGGCCUUUGAAAUAUGUGCGAAAUUCUGUUAUGGAAUGACUGUUACUCUUAAUGCUUACAAUGUUGUUGCUGCUCGUUGUGCAGCCGAGUAUCUUGAGAUGACUGAGGAUGUUGAUAGAGGAAACUUGGUUUUAAAGAUUGAGGUGUUUCUUAACUCAAGUAUCUUCCGCUGCUGGAAGGAUUCUAUAAUUGUUCUCCAAACUUCUAAAUCUCUUCUGCCAUGCUCUGAGGACCUGAAGAUCAUUGGGAGAUGCAUAGACUCCAUAGCUUCUAAAACUAGUGUGGACCCAGCAUACAUCACUUGGUCUUACACUUAUAAUAGGAAAUUAACUGAGCCUGAUAAAAUUGUUGAGGACAAGAUGACAUUUCUAGAGAAAAUUGAGUCUGUUCCUAAGGAUUGGUGGGUUGAAGACAUAUGUGAGCUGGACAUUGAUCUUUACAAACGAGUACUGGUUGCUGUGAAAUCAAAGGGAAGAAUGGAUGGCGUUGUUAUUGGAGAGGCGCUAAAAACCUACGCCUUAAGAUGGAUACCUGAUUCUGUCGAAACAUUGGUUUCUGGUGCCAAUGCCUCAAGGACUAAAUCUGUGGUAGAAACAAUUGUAUGUUUAUUGCCAUAUGAUAAUGGCAUUGGUUGUUCGUGUAGUUUCUUGCUGAAGCUAUUGAGAGUUGCCAUAUUAGUUGGAGCAAAUGAGUCAUCAGCAAAAGAAUUGACGAAGAGCAUUAGCCUCAAAUUGCAUGAAGCUUGUGUCAAAGAUUUAUUGAUUCCAGCAAGGUCUCUCCAGAUUACUACGUAUGAUGUUCAUUUGGUACAAGGUCUUUUGAAUCAAUAUAUGAAUCACGAAAAGGGGAGCUGUGGUAUGGACGUUGUCCAGGAAAAACAUGGAGAAGAUACAUAUAUUUUAGGACGAAGGUCCUUAUUGACUGUUGGCAAGUUGGUGGAUGCUUAUCUUGGAGAAAUUGCACAUGAUCCUAAUCUUGGCCUCUCUAGUUUUGUUGAUCUGUCACAAUCCAUUCCAGAUUUUGCUAGACCAGAUCAUGAUGGUCUAUACAGAGCUAUAGACGUCUACUUGAAGGAGCACCCAGAAUUGACUAAAGCAGAAAGGAAGAAACUAUGUGGACUGAUGGAUGUCCGGAAAUUAACAGCUGAUGCUUCCAUGCAUGCUGCGCAGAAUGAAUGUCUUCCUCUUCGAGUUGUAGUUCAAGUUCUGUUCUUUGAUCAGGUCAGGUCUUCUAUCAGCUUUCAAUCACUCGGCAACAAUAGCACGCGUGACCCUUCACCCUCUCCAAUGAAUCGAGAUGAGGGGUAUAAGAAAACAAUGGGAGAUAGCUGCCAACCCAUCAAGAACCAGAUGACCCAUUUGAGGAUCAAGGAUGAAGAGUUACAUAAAAAUGGGAAAUUAGGUAAGAAGAAUAGCAAAAAUAGCAAAAGUGGCCUUCAGUUGCUUCCAUCAAGAUCAAGGAGAAUUUUUGACAAGUUAUGGAGUGUGAGAAAAGUACAAGGAGAGAAUAAAAGCUCAGAGACUUCAGGGAGUUCUAGUAGCCCAACUUCCUUAGGCCAUGGGGAUACCAAAUCAUAUGGCCUAUCUUUGAGACACCAGAGGCAUUCUAUCUCUUAG